AUGUCAGAAACUGCUCCGGAAACGCGACCUGCCGAUGAAGGUACUUCUACUCCCACCAUCACCGAAGGCACACCAGCAGCCACGGAAGAUGUUGCGACCCCAAUGUCCCGCGACGAGGACCCCAAGUCGAGAAGAGUGUCUCUUGCCGAUCUGAGCGCCAAGGGUACGGCCCUGUAUGCUCACAAGCAGUACGAAGAUGCUUCCGACAUCUUCUCCCGCGCGAGCGUGCUCCAAGCCGAACUGAAUGGAGAGACCGCCCCCGAGAACGCCGAGAUCCUCUUCCACUACGGGCGCAGCUUGUUCAAGGUUGGACAGAGCAAGAGCGAUGUGCUCGGUGGCCCUGCUGCUGCUGAGAAGAAGAAGAGGUCUGGUGCUGUCGCAGGCGCUUCAAAACCUGCCGCAGCCGCAGCACCUGCCAAGACAGAGGCUGAGAAGGUGACGCAAGAGGGCGUCGCCAUUGCUGCUGGCCAGGCUGGCGAUGCUGCUGCGAAGGAUGAGAAGGCCAAGGAGAGUGGUCCCGAUGAGAAGAAACCGCUGUUCCAAUUUACCGGUGAUGAGAACUUUGACGACUCAUCUGACGAAGAGCAACCAGAGGAAGCACCAGAGGAGGAAGAAGACGAUGACCUCGCGACUGCGUUUGAAAUUCUCGAUCUCGCCCGCGUGUGUUACGAGAAGCAAUUGGAGCAAUUGAACAAGGAUGACGAAGAAAGCAAGGGCAAAGAAGCCGCUGAGGACUCCCCAUCCGUGCGACACAUCAAAGAGCGAUUAGCCGAUACUCACGACUGCCUGGCUGAGAUUUCUCUGGAAAACGAGCGAUAUCCCAACGCCAUCGAAGACGGCCGCGUCUCACUCAACUACAAGCUCGAACUCUACCCCGAAGACUCUGAAAUCAUCGCCGAAGCCCACUACAAGCUCUCCCUCGCCCUGGAAUUCGCAUCAGUAACCAUGGCCGACGACGAAGGCAAAAACGCCAAGCGCGAAGCCAUGGACCAGGACCUCCGCGACGAAGCCAUCAAGGAGAUGGAGCUCGCCAUCAAGAGCUUCAAACUCAAGAUGCAGAACAAGGAGGUCGAAGUCGCGACCAUGGCCUCACCAGAAGACAACGAUCUCGCCCGCAAGGUCAUUUCCGAAAUGAAGGAGGUCGUAGCCGACAUGGAGCAGCGACUGGUUGAUUUGAAAAAGGACCCCAUCGACGCAGCAGACCUCCUCGGCGGACCGGAAGCAAACGCCCUAGGAGGCAUUUUCGGCGCCGCACUAGGUGAAUCCGCUGCCGAGACACAAGCCCGCGUCGAAGAGGCCAAGAAGACGGCCACUGACCUGACGGGCCUGGUGCGCAAAAAGGCCAAGGAGGCUGAUGAGGCCGUAGCCGAGGACAAGGGCAAGGACGAGGAUAAGAAGCCAGAGCUAGCUGUGCCUGCUACGAAUGGCAAGCGGAAAGCGGAGGAUGAGGCACCCGAGGCAGCAGAGUCGCCUAAGAAGGCCAAGGUUGAGGAUGAGCCUGAAGAGUCGUGA